UCCCCCGCCCCCCUCGCCUCCUGCCCACCAUCUCCUCCUCCUCCUCCUCCUCGUCCUCCUUGGAAGCAUCACCUCCACCGCCCUGCAUUUCUUCCCCGGCCGCCGAGGUUCACACGCUUCCGGCCCGGUCUCCAUGUCAUUGGACCACAGCCCCACCGGCUCCCUCGUUGUGUACGGCGAUGACAUCGAGGAGGCCAUGUCGCCCAACCGGAGCGUCGCCGCCGUCGCCGUCAAGGAUGGCGACGCCUCCGUGUACAAGAUCAUCCACGGCUUCCUCAAGCAGAAGAACAACUCCAUCAUCAACGUCGCCGCCAGCGUCGCCCGGAAGGCGGCCUCCAACAAGCUGUCGAGGAAGACCUCAGAUGUUUUUGACACCUUGAUUCAGCAGCAGCAGAGCAGGCUGGGAAACAAGACUGGGCCUCUGCUCUCUGGGAUAUCAUACUGCAUAGCUUCUUGCAGCAUGAUAUUGCUCAACAAGGUGGUUCUCUCCAGUUACAACUUUAAUGCUGGCAUCUCACUCAUGUUAUACCAGAAUCUUAUAUCCGUGGUCAUUCUCGUGGUACUCGAGUUCUUCGCCGUAAUUUCAACGGAAGAACUGACGUGGAAGCUGAUUAAAGUCUGGAUUCCAGUUAAUCUCAUUUUUGUUGGGAUGCUAGUAACCGGAAUGUACAGUUUGAAGUACAUAAACGUUGCCAUGGUGACGAUAUUGAAGAACAUGACCAACAUUUUAACGGCUAUAGGGGAGAUAUAUGUUUUCAGGAAGUGUCAGAACAAACAGGUUUGGGCUGCCUUGUGUAUGAUGAUUAUAUCAGCCGUAAGUGGCGGCAUGACAGAUCUUUCUUUCCAUCUAAUCGGCUACACGUGGCAGAUUUUGAAUUGCUUUCUGACGGCAGCCUAUUCGCUUACACUGAGACGCUUGAUGGACACAGCCAAACAAUCGACGAAAUCCGGUUCCCUCAAUGAAGUUUCAAUGGUGUUACUUAACAAUGCGCUCUCGAUCCCUUUCGCGGUCAUUUUGAUCAUUGUCUUCAAUGAGUGGGAAUAUGUGUACCAAACCGAAGUUAUCAGAGAGCCCAUGUUCUGGUUUUUUGCGACGGCCAGUGGACUGUUAGGUCUAGCGAUCAGCUUCUCAUCCGUGUGGUUUUUACAGGAGACUGGCCCAACAACUUACAGCCUUGUUGGGUCACUAAACAAGAUACCCAUUUCGGUCGCUGGUGUCUUGCUAUUCAACGUCCCUGUUAGCGUCGAAAAUUUGUUCAGCAUAGUUUUCGGUCUUUUUGCUGGGAUAUUCUUCGCAAAGGCAAAGAUGUCCAAGUCCUAAUGUUCGCUCUCCUGGCGUGAUUGUAGCACGACAAGAUGGCACGGCAAGGCCUCCUAUCAACUGUACAGAUAUACGAUCAGAGUCCGUUUGACCUUGACGAGUCGAUAUGGAUUUCAUGAAACAUUCUGUUUGUUCUUUCCCAGUUUUGUUUCAUAACUGUGUCAAGCAAGCACGCACAAGGCAGUUUGCAAGACUUGCCACAAACUCUAUCCAAUUGUUGAUCUGCUCAAGAAGUUGAGCAGAACAACCAUACGAAAUAAAGGGAGAAUAUUUGGCAACUCCAACCUUGGGGGGUUUGCUGUUGCUGUGACCCAAAGAGCUUCCUCUGUUUCUCUGAUAUUUUCAGGUUCUUAAUCAUUGUAAAUUG